UAGGAACACCAUUCAAUAUAGUAUUUGUUUCACACCAUUUCUUCAUGCACUCGAUUGCAAUCGUAUUGUCACUCAGUGGGUGGUAUCCUCCAGAGAUUGCAACAAAUAACUCAGAUUUUGCGUCGAAUCCACCUGCUCUUGACACUAACUUUUCUGAAUGAGUGAAACUUAGUUACGGGGGGGCUGAGAUGGGCUAAGCCUGUAGCAGAUGACUUCAACCAUUUCCCCAGAGCAUCAGCGCUACGCCGCCCCGCGUUAGAGUAGCUAGCCUCAUCGUCGACGGCGUUGGAAGUUGCAGGCCACCAGAGUGAGCCAUCGUUGGUACCAUUUGGUACCUAUUACUCUAUACGAGACAGAUUCAAUCAUGGAGAAGUGGCAGUUUGGAAAACGGGAAACAAUCGUUUCGAGGCCUCAAGACUCAAGAGCAACUUCGUGCAUAUCAUGUAAUUCUCCGAAGGCAAAUUACUAUCACUGUAUAGGCAAGGAUUCAAGCGCACCAGCUGGGUUGUCGCACUUUGGCUUGGCACGUUGAUGAGGUGUAUCUUUUCCUUGGUGAAUGGGCAAACCUUAGCCUGCGAUCCCGGCUCAUGCAGACUCUUCCACUGGGGGCGCGCAUUGUCAGCAGGAGCUUCUCUAUGGGCAACGAGUGGCCUGCGGACGCAGAGCUACGAGCUGGAAAUGACGUGGUUUACCGCCUUUACAAGAUCACCGAGCUGGUGAAGAGCAGGGCGCACAUCGCAUCAAAGGAGUUGGAAGAUCGAUUCGGAUUGCACUGGCUUCAGCCACCGCCAGGGAACUACCGCCCCGCCAAGUUUGAAGAAGCGGUGGCCCCACGGAGCUGGGCCUUGGAGCAGGCACAGCAAUUGCAACAGCUCCGCUUGUGCAACCAUGCUGCCAAGGUCUCUCCGGCGCCGAAACUGCAGAAGAAUGCUCCUCCACUUCCGCAAGCAGAGUCCCUACUCAGGUCCAAAGCACCAAAGAUUUUAGAGAAUGCCAGCACCAACCAUCAGCAUGGGAAGCUUGGGCUCUUCCGUGACGGAAGAUGCUGCAAGCUGGGAGUGGUGCCCUUGCCUGCAAGAGGGCUCUCGAAAAAGGAACAGCUGGAGAGCCACCGUGGCUUCAGCUUCAACAGCCGUGGCAGUGAGGCCGUGGACGUGGACCGCGUGCAGGAGGAUGUGCGCUCAGACUUUUGCAAGGCACGUGAUGAGACCUACCCGUGCAACAUGCCACGAGCGAGUGUCAUCAUGGUCUUCCACAAUGAGCACAUGCCGACAUUGCUUCGCUCAGUACACUCUGUGCUGAAUCUCUCACCAGCACAACUCCUCGAGGAGGUGCUCUUGGUAGAUGAUGACAGUCGACCUGAGCCAGAGAAGUUCGCUGAAAGGCAGUGGCAGCGACUCCAAGGCGAAUUGGAGGAAUACUUGCUGGAACUUCCGAAGGUCUCACUGCUGCGGCUCCGGGAGCGUCGCGGUCUGAUGAAAGCAAGGAUGGAAGGCAUUUGGCGAGCACGUGGCGAGGUGAUAAUUUGCUUGGACAGCCAUGUAGAGGCCACACCCGGUUGGCUGGAGCCGCUCUUGUGGCGGAUCUCCGAGGACCGUACGAGACUAGUGGUGCCCAGCAUUGACGGCAUCGACACUGAGGAUUUCAGCUAUGCCGUCUAUGGUUUGGGCCUGGUGAGCUUCAACUGGCUGCUGAACCAAAAGCCUCGCGAACGGCCCGAGGGUGAGGAUUCCAUGGCGCCCUCGACCGUGUUGUGCGGCGGUCUCUUCGCCGUGGACCGAGCCUGGUUUCUCCAUUUGGGAGGCUAUGACCCUGAACUCCAGAUCUACGGUGGUGAGGAGAUGGAGAUCGGUUUCAGCGCAUGGCAAUGUGGUGGCUCUGUGGUCCACGAGCCGUGUAGCCACGUCGGCCACAUUUGGAGAUCUCAACGCUACUGGUCAGAGCAGGUCUACGAGAUUGAUGUUAACGAAGUCGUGCGGAACAGGCUACGCGUUGCCGAAGUUUGGAUGGAUGAGUACAAGACGCUCGUCCAAUUGGCUGGACCUGGUCUCAUCAAUGGCCGCACCAUUGGAGACGUGAGUGCCCGAAGAAAAUUACGAGAAAGGUUGGGAUGCAAAACGUUCGACUGGUUCCUGGACAAUGUGGCCACAGAGAUCUAUGCUCCUCGCCUAUCUCCAGUCGAUGCUGGCAAAGGAAGCCUUCGAAGUUUGAACGGCCAAGCCUGCGUGGAUACAAAUAAGCAGGACAUGGUCGGGGGCCAAGUUGGAGCUGCUCCUUGCAAGAAUGAGUUCGGAAAUCAGGAGCUAGAGAUUGAGUCGACCGGAAAUGUGAGGCUGCCCUUUACCGGUUUUUGCUUGGGACCAGCCAAGGACUGCCCCUCCGAGCGUUUGGAGGGAGUCCGUUGCCGCGCAGUGCUGUCAGACUGCGCAGGAACCGAAGGCUUGUGGACGUGGUCAGUGCCAGUGACGUCCCGGAAAGGUAUUGGUCGAUUGAUGAUUGAAAGCUCUAGACUUUGCUUGGAGUUGGUGAACCAGAACUUUCUCCAUUUUGACUUGCAGCUUGCGCCUUGUCAAAGUGAAGAUGCCGAAGACCAACUUUGGCUCUGGGAUGACUUGGUGAGAAGUCAGGAGCUUUGA